GUAUCAUUUGUAACAUCACCAUUUCCUAAUCUCUACGUUAACUUAGAUCCUUCUUCUCAUUGGACUUCUCUCUUUUCGAUCUUCUACUUUUCCCUUUUCCCUUUUUCUUUUUUUAACUUUCAUUUUGUCUGCCUAAAUUGUUUGCUAAAUCAAACAACGUAAUAUUAGCAAGAUUAGCAAGAUGGAUAGCAAACUUUGGGCUUUGCUAACUCAUCUUCACUCUGCAACUGGGCCUGUGAUUAUGCUGCUCUACCCCUUGUAUGCGUCUGUGAUGGCGAUAGAGAGCCCAGGAAAAGAAGAUGAUGAGCAAUGGUUGGCGUAUUGGAUCUUGUACUCUUUUCUCACCCUUUCUGAAAUGGUUCUUCAGCCUCUACUUGAAUGGAUACCAAUUUGGUACACGGUGAAAUUGGUAUUGGUGGCGUGGUUGGUAUUACCACAAUUCAGAGGGGCAGCAUUCAUAUACCGAACCUUUGUGCGUGAGCAAAUCAGAAAGUAUGGUGGUAUCAAAGAUUACAGAGGCUUCAAUGCAAAGGGCAAAGUUAAGUGAUGAUUUCAUGUCAUUGACGACCACGUUUAAGAGCUUAAUUAGUGCCCUGUUUUUGCCUCAGUUUCGUUGGUUUUUUGGAUCGUGUAGUUUAUUAACGAUGAUUCACACUUUAAUAGGAAAGUGAAAUUGCGGUUUAAUUAAUCAUCAAGUCAAGGUGAAAAGCGAAGACUUCAUUAGGAUGUUUAUGUUCUGUUGUAUCAUACAAGUUACAAGGAUAUUUCGUUUUCUUCCAUUUGUAAUGGACAGUUGCCUUUGUCGUUGUCGUCUUUUUACUUUCCGAAAUCUUAAUGGGGAAAUUACGUCGUUUACUAA